UUAACCUAACCUUCGUGUAGGCUAAACGCCUCGUAACACAGCGCUGGCCCGAUUUGGGGACUUGCGGGAGAUUUUUUUCAUGGAUUUAUUAGGUCCCUCCCGUCCGAUGUCUCACAUACCCUGCCAGGUCUCACUUGAUCAACAUAUCCCGUCGACGAUCGCCACCCAGUGGCGGCAGCAAAUUUGCGCCCCAAAUUCCCAAAUCGAGCCCCCCUACGAUCUACAUACAUACGUCGCCUCGCUAGAGCACGCCCUCUCUCGGCCGUCGCAAUGGACGAGGCCCGCGUCCAGGCCCACGCCCGCCGACUCACGGUUAACGCGCUGCUGGACGGCUAUGGGAGCCUCUCGGUCCCGCAGCUUCUCAGGACCAUGGCGCCGGAAUUUCAUCACCAAGUCCUACCAGAGAGCCUGGGCAUGAAGCCUCGGAAUAGGGAGGCGUUCGCGCAGCACGCGGCCGGGAUAUUCAGCAUAUUCGACGAAUUCAGGAUGGUGCCAAAGUCAAUCAUCGACGACGGACCCGGGAACAUGGCGGUGGUCCACGCACGGAUGCAAGGGAUACUUAAAGGCGGAGCUGGGGAGUGGAUAAACGAGUGUGUGAUGAUGAUCCAGCUUUCCCGGGAUGGGAGCCAGGUCGUCAGGAUCAUAGAGUUCGUCGACAGCGCGAAGGCGUUAGAGAUGGCCCGGAAGCACGCACCGGAUGAUUUUGGGUGUAACAGCACAGAACCUAUAGGUAGUCGGAGGGGAAGAAAGAAUAAGGGGGAAGAGGACGAGACGGCGGACUCUAAGUCGAUGACGUUAUUGUUUGGGCUAGGGCUUGCCCAGGUUAUUGUUGUAAUAUUCUUACUGUAUCUGGCUCAAGGUUGGGUCUUUUGACUUUGAUGCACUUGAGGGAGUCCGAGACAUUUUGGGACUAGGUGUAUCCGCCAACGUUUAGAGUGUACCCCUUUUCCGAGGCGUCGUAGGUGGGCGUGGGGUGCUUUUGCUUCCAUACAAGCUUUGUUCAGAUACCUAGGUAAAUUUUUUGAAUUGAUUAACACAUCGGAGUUUGUCGUAUGAGUAUGCUCAGUUGAUUCACACCCUUG